AUGCUGCCAUCUUCCUGCACGCCAGGCGAGAGUAGAUCUUUCGAGUGUUCACCACACACAAAGAAAGCUAUGCGGCCACCGGGCUCGUCCCACCUGGGCGGCCACAACGCGCAGGUAGCAGCCGGCGAGGUUGCCCUCCGCGGGACCCUGACGUGCCUGCGAGCCCAGGCGUCCCCGCCAGCCGCGCCCGGGUCCCGGCGGAGGGGCGACCCUCCCUACCCGGACCCACUCACAGAGCAGAAGACGACAGUGACGCCGGGACUGCUUGAAGUAUGGCGACUCAGACCCUUCCUCUCGCCCCCGCCAUCCCCACUUGGCGCCUGA